AUGAGCAAGUACGCCUCCACAUCGAAAGCCAAGUCAAGGACUGGGAGGUCGUUUGCUGGACUCUUUGAGACCGUGUCGAUGUUGGAUGGAGAAGCCAGAAACUCGGUAGCGAAUCUUCAGGGCCUGAUCGACGACAGGAUGGACGAUAUCAAACUCGGAUUGAGCGCCUUCAAGGAGCCAUCAGCAAAUGCACGUACGAGCAUGGCUUCUGCAAUUAACGCCUCCGGCCAAAAAUACACAGGCGCCCAGAUCAACCUCGCCAAGCGACUCAGCGACACCGUCAAGUUGAACGAGACACAAGCCCUGUCUGUCGUGGAGGAACUUUCCCUGGAGAUGGAUAUACCCGACACGAUCACCGACUCUGUCCUAUUGAAUGCAGUUACGACCUACUGGAAAGAGCGAUUGUCGCUGGUAGCGCUUCUUAAAGAGAUUAUCGGCCAGGUCACGGAAAACAACCAUAACAGCGAGUACGGCAUCAUCCCUUCCGUCGACCAUACUCUGUCUCAGAGCUUCACCCUGAUCCAAAAAUUGCUUAAGCAGUAUCGCGACAGGGCCUCAGAGGAAGCCCCCGACUACUUCACGUCAAACUCAGAGUACUUGGAACUCUGGAUCGAUCAGUGCUUGGCUGAACAAGCUGCGCUUCUGGAAGUCUCUAUUUUCCUCUGCAUUGCCGGGACCGACAGCAAGAUCGACCUUCCCAAGGUCAUUCUUGAGACACUACUUGCGACACAAUUUGGGCGCCAACAGCACUACAAAUCCAGGAUCAGAAAGGAGACCCACGACGUCUGUGACAAUAUUCGACUUUUCUGCAUUGUUCUUUCGAUCGCUUCGUUGGAUCUCGAGAAUUUGUUCGAUCAGUCAACAACAGGCAUCAACGACAACCACCACAUUUUCAAGUCAGCUAGCCAUAUCCAACAUAUCAACAAUGCUCUCCAAAGUGCGGAACGCCAGCAGGAGUUGGGGCCAUUCAUCCUGGCCUGGUGUAGUGUUCUCUCGUCUCACGCGACCACCCUGCCGGAGGAUAGGCGGAGAGAUGUGAUCACGCUGUCCAGUCAGUUCGCUUAUGUCGCCCUGGAAACUCUCAAGUUCUUUGCGUUCGUCAGCAGCCUCUUAUCGAACGAACUCUUCGACAGCACCUCAAAGGACGGACCGACAUUCAAGCGGCUUUUCUUCCUCCUGUUGGAGCUGGUGCUUCUGGAUCGACGACCUACUAAUAUCAAGGAUUUCGAUGGACUGGUACUCUGUCUUUCGGACUUGCUGACGGGAGAACCUCAUCUUUGUCACCUGGUCUGGGACGAGUCAACGGAUUUGGGCCAAGGAGUCACGAACGUUCUGGAGGCUGCCAGAGGACGAUUCCCAGUCCAGUUCGACCCCCUUCUGCAGUUGCUUACAGCUCUAGCGACCGGCAGCGAAGAUUCAGCACGCCACACCAUCCAGUUCUUCCGACAUCUGCCUUCAUUGUCACAUUUCCUUUCAGACAAGGCACAGUGUGUGGAGAUCGACACGCACGCGACCGAGGGCUCGACAUUGUACAGAUCGGUCCAGGGGGUGCCAUUCGGGAUCGCGACUGGAGGAUCAUUCAUGAUGUUGCCGGCUGGUAUGGAAGGGCGCCUCGUCUCGGCGCCAAACGCACCUCAAGUCGUCCAGUGGGUUUACGAGAGCUCUGGAUGGGAACUCUGUGCUGCUAUACUAGACGUUUUCCGCACGCAGGACAAGGACACCGACUCCAACUCCUAUGUCAGGAUCACGCAUGUCAAGGCUAUUUUGGGCCUCCUUCAGGCGUUGUACCAGCACCCUGGAGUGACCACCGAAUUGACCGCAUACUUUCUUUCCGGCAAGCAAGGUGCUUCCCUCAUCCCAACUCUCUUUGCGAUCCUGGAUCAGACCUCCAAGUUCCAAAACCCACCACUCGACGUGAUCGCCUCAUGCCUGCAGUGUCUCCGCUGGAUUUGUCAGUCAUACUCGCAGGAUGUCUGGCUCUUCUUGAGGCAAUCGUCGUUCUUGCCUUCAGUCAUCACCACCACGGUCCAGUUUACAGGAUCUAGUCGUGUCCAAACAAGCGGGCUGGCUUACAAUCUCCUCACCCGCUUCGAAUGCCUCCAGGGCAACUAUGCCGUGACCUUGGCUUUCCUCGAGCUCGUCCAAACCUUGACCUUGAAUGCCCAGCAAAAGGAAAUCUGGGACUCUAAGGAGUUGCGUUGUCUCAAGGCGGAGAUCCUUUAUCCCUGCCUGGCAUACAUCCAGAACGACCUCUUCUGCAACUUUGAGAGUUGGCACUACGUCAACAUCAGGGACCGCUUUGUCAUUGGGUCCAGGAUUCUCUCGAUCUUCAACUACACCCUCGAGGACCUUCCGCUCCUCAGCGACUCGGACCCGACAACAUAUAUCAGCCUUGCGACACUUCAGGAGUACUUGCUCAGAAACUUUUUAUACGACGGCGGCAAACAGCUUGGCUUACCAUUAGUUUCGCUGAUUGGAUCUGGACCCGACCUUUCUUCCUACUUUUCCAAGUACGACCGCACCAGGGAGCUCGGAGACAUCUACAUCAUGAUCUACCAAGGCCUCAAAUUUGUCAAGAGUCUGCUUCGCCACCGCAAGCUCUCCGGAGGCCAGCCUUCAUUCUUGGAAGUGUACAUGAUCGAUCGCAUUGUUGGCCGUGCAAACGCCUCUCUGAUCCAGGUCUUGACCUCAUACAGCGACCUUGCCUGCGGAGCUGAUGUGGCGCUCGUCUCAACGGAUGUCCUCACAUUGCUGUGCGCGCUGACCAACGAGUGGCCAACUCGGCCAUCAUUCGUUGGAUAUCUCGGAACCUCAGAUCAGGCCCAACAAUUGGUCUCCACGCUUGUCAACCGCGUCGGUGACGAUGGCCAGACCGCCGACUACAGGAUUGCCCUUUGGAGCCUCAUCACCAUCACUCUGACGACCCAGCCUGGACUCGCGACUCUGUUCUUGUCAAACGACCGUGUCAACCCCGUCACUGGCGUGCUCGAUAACCAGUUCAAGGAAAUCGCCAAGAACUCGAUCUUGGUCAAGGCCCUCGAUAUCCUUCACAAGAAGGACGCUGUCCUCGACACUGACCCCGAGAUCCUCCCCCAUGCCCUCCAUUUCCUGGAUGUCCUCUGGCAAAACGCAUUGGAUCACGCUGUUCUCAUCAAGAGCCUACAGGACAAUGACGCUUUCUGGAACGAUCUCGGAGACAUCCUUGCACGACCCGAUAUUCACACCGAACUGGAGUUGGCCAAGUGGGAGGAUGUCUUCUCUUGCUAUAACCGCGAUCCUAUGGCUCAGGUGUUCCACGUCUCGUCUGUCAACGCCGAACAGCGCUCUCGCGGCCAUGCCCUCCGGAUCUUUGGCCUUGCGAUUCACUUCCACUACGCCAGCCAGGGCGUUCUCACCAGGGAUGUCGACAGCUUGCCUAAGGGCAUCAAAACCUUUAUCCAGACGUGUGUUCAGCAGGGCAAAUUCGGCGAAUGGAAUGAGACUAUUCCCAAAAUCCACUACCACGCACAGGGACACCGAGAGUUGAAGGAGAUGGGUCAAGAUCUUACGGUCCCCCUGGAUUACCUGAAGCUAGCUGUGAAACGGUGGGACGAGAACUUCGACGCGGAUCACUUAGCAGGAGAGACAUUCAUGUUAGAUUUGGGUAAGGCUCGGUUCAAGUUUAUCUGGGGAGGCAAGGUGCGGGAGCACGCCUUCCUCAGGACCCUCUUCCACGUGAACCUCAACUGGUCGAUCGUGCAUGCGGAGAUGGAACGCCUAGCCGCCUGGCGUUUCUUUGUUGAGGUGGCUACGACUGAUUUGGGAGCAGCUUUCUGGGCGGGCAAGAGCGCGGGUGCGGAGGCGAACGCGUACUACCACUUUGUCAUCUGCCUCUUGGACCACAUUGAACGGGAGACCAAUGGCAGUGCUGUGCUCAGGAUGGCGCGUCAGAACUGCUGUCUUCUUCUGCAGACAGUCGUCGAGAACUCGGCAACAGUCAAGCGAUCGGACAAGAAGAAUCUCGCUGUCCACUUUCCCGAGAUUGUCACCAAGCUCCAAAAGCUCAUCCAGAAUCCCGAGAUGGGCAUCUUGGAGUCGGUCCAAAACCCAGCGGAUGGACUUGCCGCGCACCACCCUCUCCUCUUGACCCUUCUGUUCUGCUACCGGGCUUUGCACGACAGGGAGGUUCUCGCCAUUCUGGAUCAGGAACACCAGGCCUUGGUUCAAAAGUCAUCCAUCCUUCUCCUGCCGACAAUCGCCCAAUGUUUCUCCAUCGUGGUGGAGAGUUAUUUGUCUGGACAGUAUGAUCAUUCCGACUUGAUUGUGGUACUGUUGGCGCUGUUGGAGGAGAUUUGCCACCCCGUCUGGAACCCCCAUGCCGGCCUCUGGAUCCCUAUCUUGAGGAACUUGGAUGUCGUCCGACUCAACUUGCAGCUGUGCGCCUAUAGCGUUUCGUCAGGACAGUUCGACAGCCGGCCAUCGUUCUUUGAGGGCAGUCUCAACUUUUUGCUCGCCUUGGCCAACGUUCCGGAGAUGGCGGCCUACCUUUGCGAUGCAGGAGUCAUGUCGAUGCUGACACACAAUGGAUUGACAAUGUUCCUUCAGCAAGGCGAUAUCGAGCACCUUGAUGAGGUACAUGGCGACCGAGGAAACUGGCACCAGGCUUGGUGCAUGUAUCUGGCGAUUGUGACGAGCUUGUUGCGGUCGAUGAGCUCGAGUGACGUAUAUAUGCAGCUUCUGAUCGGAUUCAUUCAGCUCUACGGGAACCAAAUCAGCAAGGGCCUGGAUACAUCGACAGACCGACCCAUGACGAGCGCCAAGUUGGAGGAGAUGGAGAGGAUCACGAUGUUGUUCUAUGAGCUUUCAAAGCACGACGUUCGCUUGGAGCCCUUGGGAGGCGAGGAGGUGCUGAAGGCCUUCUUUGACCGAUCGCUGUUCAUUCUUCAGCAUGCGGUUCAUCUCUUCACCCACCCUCACACCCUCGCCUCAUUGACCCGCGCAGUGACCAGAGCAGAGCACAAGCACCAGGAGUCAAGCGACAACAAGACUCUCACCACGACGAUCGAAGCCAAGCUGGCGGCCGUUGUCAGGAAUAUCUUGUCAGCGAUCCUUGUCUGGACGGACCCAGCGCUUAUCUUGACAAAGUCGAACUUAGAGUGGCCCAUCCGCAAGACAACAAUCGCUCCAAUCGCCAACACACCUGUUUACGAGCCAGCAUCCAUCGGCACCAUGUUUGAUUUGGUUCAGUACGCGACGACGUCGUUGAUGGAGUGGGAGGCGCGUUUGGAGGGCAAGACAGGAGGAUCAGCAGGACUAUUCAAGAACUCGAACUCGAACUCGAGCGACGACAAUCGACAACAGAAUGCCAGUGCGUUGUCGUCCACAAGCACGACGAACUCCAAGCCGUCAUCACGCCUGGCUUGUUUUGGAACCUUCCUGUCGUCAGCAGCUUCACACUCUACAACGACUACGUCUGGCGACGCUAAUGCAGCAGGAUCUGCCUCAGCAACUACCGGUGCGAACGGAUCAGCCUCACCACGAUCGUCGACAACAGUGACGGUCUCCAACUCUCCCAAGUCCGACGAGUCUGCAUUUGCUACUCUCUCAAGUUCUACUGGAUCCUCGAUUCGCAUGAUAUCGUUAUUGGAGGAUGCGUUUGUGGUGAUGGCAACGCAGUUGGCUCUGUACAUGUAUCACCCACAGCUGGAUGCGUCUGUCCGGAGGGAGAUUCAGGAGCUAUCCAUUGACUUGAUCGCGACAUUGAACUCGACCCAGAGGAUGCUUCAGCGGUUUGAGAACGUCCCAGCCCAGGCACGGAAGGACGAGUUGGGAGCCGAGGCGUACGCUCAGAUCCGGGCCUUGCGAGACAAUAUGAUCCCCAUCAUUAAGAACUUUGCCCAAGCCAAGAUCAACAUUCAGUGA